GGCGUCAGCGAUGGCGGAGGCCCUGGAUUUGAGCAAAGACCCUAAUGGGCCCACCCACUCUCCGACUCUGUUCGUGCGGGACGACGGCAGCUCCGUGUCCUUCUACGUGCGGCCCAGCCCCGCCAAGCGCCGGCUGUCGACGCUCAUCCUGCACGGCGGUGGCACACUUUGCCGGGUGCAGGAGCCUGGGGCGGUGUUGCUGGCCCAGCCCGGGGAGGCACUGGCGGAGGCCACGGGCGACUUCAUCUCCACGCAGUACGUCCUGGACUGUGUGGAGCGCAACGAGCGCCUCGAACUGGAGAGCUACCGGCUGGGGCCCGCGGCCGACCCGGCCUCGGAUACAAAACCCGGGGCUGCGGCCGAGGGCGCCGCCGAGGAGUCCAAUCCGGAACCGCUCGCGGGUCGGAUCGCCUUCACCGAGGCGGACGACGUGGCCAUCUUGACCUACGUGCAGGAAAAUGCGCGUUCGCCCAACUCGGUCACCGGCAACGCCUUAUGGAAAGCGAUGGAGAAGAGCGCGUCCACCCUCCACUCGUGGCAGGCCCUGAAGGACCGCUACCUGAAGCACCUGCGGGGCCAGGAACGGAAGUACCUGCUGGGGGACGCCCCUGUGAGCCCGGCCUCGCAGAAACUCAAGCGGAAAGCGGAGGAAGACCCCGAGGCUGCCGAUAGCGGGGAACCACAGAAUAAGAGAACUCCAGACUUGCCUGAAGAAGAACCUCAGGAGGAAAAGCUCAAGGAGAAUGAAGAAUCAGUCAAAACGAUGCUUAUCGAAGCCACCCGGGAGUUUGAGGAGGUUGUGGAGGAGAGUGAGAGCCCUGGCUUUGAAAUACAUAUAACAAUGUGUGAUGACGACCCACCCACUCCAGAGGAGGAUUCAGAAACUCAGCCUGAUGAGGAAGAAGAAGAAGGAAAAGUUACUCAACCAGAGGUGGGAGCUGCCGUUAAGAUCAUCCGGCAGCUAAUGGAAAAAUUUAACCUGGAUCUAUCAACAGUUAUACAGGCCCUCCUUAAAAAUAGUGGUGAGCUGGAGGCUACUUCCUCCUUUUUAGAGUGUGGUCAGAGGGCUGAUGGGUAUCCCAUUUGGUCCCGCCAAGAUGACUUAGAUUUGCAGAAAGAUGAUGAAGAUACCCGUGCUGCAUUGGUUAAAAAGUUUGGUGCUCAGAAUGUAGCCAGGAGGAUUGAAUUCCGAAAGAAAUAA